AUGGAAACACCCUAUCGCAAAGUGUCGAAGGGCAAAGCAACCAAUCAGAUUGAUUACUUGGCUGCAGAUAAGGAAGAUACGUUCACCAUCGCGCAAGCGCAUGCUGUCCUUGAUGAAGCCGGAACGAUGGAAGACGAUUUGAUGGUGACACGCCAAAGGGACGAUUUUCCGCGGAAGUCAGCACUAGAAAUCGACUAUAUUGAUGUUUCCCCCAAGCAAAUCGUUGGUGUUUCUGCUGCACUCAUCCCUUUCCUUGAGCACAAUGACGCGAACCGUGCGUUGAUGGGGAGUAACAUGCAGCGACAAGCUGUACCGCUUAUCCGCCCGGAGGCUCCGCUGAUUGGAACUGGCAUGGAACAUAAAGCCGCUCGCGAUUCUGGAGCGGUUGUGCUAGCAAAGCGGGAUGGCGUUGUGGAAAGCGUGUCCGCCGCUGAAAUCAUUAUUCGCACCGAUGACGCCUUCCGGAUUGCUGGUGGGGAACAGUCGUUCAGCGAAAUGGGCUACGAUGUAUACCGCUUGACAACCUUCAAGCGAUCGAACAGCGGCACCAGUCUCCACCAACGUCCAUGUGUAAAUGUCGGAGGAGAGAUAAAAGCGGGUCAAGUGAUUGCCGAUGGAACCUCCACCGAAAAUGGAGAACUUGCCCUCGGAAGCAAUAUCCUAAUCGCAUUCAUGUCUUGGGAAGGAUAUAAUUAUGAGGAUGCCAUCCUCCUCAGCGAGUCGCUCAUCACUGACGAUACCUACACCUCCAUCCACAUUGAAGAGUUUGAGGUAGAAGCGCGUGAUACAAAGAUGGGACGUGAGGAAAUUACGCGAGACAUUCCGAAUGUCUCUGAGGAAGCUUUGGCGCAAUUGGAUGAGGAGGGAAUUAUUCGCAUCGGUUCGCUUGUCCGUCCUGGGAGUAUUCUGGUCGGCAAGGUAACACCGAAGGGGGAAAGCGACCUCGGACCCGAAGAAAAACUGCUACGCGCCAUCUUUGGUGAGAAGGUUGGCGAGGUACGAGACGCUUCUAAAUAUGUCAAACCCGGCACAGAAGGCGUUGUUGUUGAUGUUAAGGUUUUCUCUCGGAAAGAGCGAGAACCUGACCGUCAAACGAGACUGCGGGAGCUCGCCAAAGAAAAAGAGGUGGAGAAGGAAUGGGAGGCGAAACGUGGUUUGAUUAACCAACGCAAGAACGCCGAAAUUCGUAACGCGCUGCUCGGUAAAAAACUCGCUAGCAGUGUCUCUGAUGGCACAGACCUCAUUGCUAGGAGAGGAAGGAUUGUCACAGAAGAGUUGCUUGAUGCGGGGGUUCCGUUGGAGCACUUCCAUGUUACGGAUACUGAUGCAAUGGAGCUCAUCCAACGCAUUCAACAGUUGGCGCAAGGACGUCUUAGGGAUCUGGGAGAAGAAAGGGACGCACAGAUUGAGAAAAUUCGCAAGGGAGAUGAGUUGAAACCAGGCGUUCUCAAACUGGUGAAAGUUUAUGUGGCGACCCGCCGAAAGAUCUCUGUCGGCGACAAAAUGUCCGGCAGACACGGCAACAAGGGGGUCGUUUCAAAGAUUCUCCCACAAGAGGAUAUGCCCUAUCUGGAAGACGGUACGCCAAUCCAGAUUAUCAUGAAUCCAUUGGGAGUUCCGGGUCGCAUGAAUGCGGGACAGAUUUUAGAGACACAUUUGGGCAGAGCGGCUAGGGAGCUUGGGUUAUACAUUGCUACGCCGGUCUUCGAUGGUGCAGAGGAGCCGGAGAUUCGUAAACUCUUAAAAGAAGCUGGUUUGCCAGAACACGGGAAAGCCAAGUUGUAUGAUGGCCGCACCGGGGAACCCUUUGCCCAAGAAGUUACUGUCGGACAUACUUACAUUCUCAAGCUCAAUCACUUGGUGGAUGAUAAAAUUCACGCCCGCAGUACGGGACCCUAUUCGUUGGUGACUCAGCAGCCUCUCGGUGGUAAGGCACAGCAAGGUGGUCAACGCCUCGGUGAAAUGGAGGUAUGGGCUCUAGAAGCAUACGGUGCUGCGUACACCCUGCAAGAAUUACUCACAAUUAAGUCCGAUGAUGUCGUUGGAAGGAGCAAGAUCUACGAAGCAAUUGUCAAAGGAGAGAAUGCCCCUGCGCCGGGCACUCCAGAAUCAUUUAACGUCCUUGUGAAGGAAUUACAAAGCCUCUGUUUGGAUGUGGACUUAGAGCAGACAUCUGACGACAUAGAUACUUUUGACCCAGCCCCUGAGGAUUGGGAGUCGGAACAUGAAAUAUGA